CUACCUUGUCAUAUGAUUAUAGGUGCCAUACAACAAGUACACUUGUGCUCCAACUCCACGUUUACAGGCCGGAGGUCGACUUUACGAUGGCCCUACAAGUUGGCUUAAGGAUUUGCCAGAUAGCUGCUAUAGAGCACUGAUGCAGCAAUGCAGUGGCUGUCGGAUAACUUUGGAGGCUCUGGGCUUGCAGCGGCGAAGCGUUCGACCAAAGAGGAGGACGCUGGUGCUCUCGCCAAGCUUGGCAAAUCAAUUGCAAAUGUUUUCAAGGGCAAGAAGGGAUCCGGCCCCAAGGCCGAGGCCGGCGCCAGUGGCCCGGCCGCGCUGCUCAACCCGGAGGCGCUUACGGAGCAGAAGCGCGAAUGGAUGGACUCGCAGGCAGAGCAGCUGCAGCUGGCGCUGGCUACGUGGCCCGAGCACCUGUUUGAGCACUUCUUCGUCAUUGGCCUGCCGCCGGAUGUGGAGGUGACGGAGAUCGCGCAGGACCUGGCGCGUGCGGAGCUGGAGCGCCGCCUGCGCGGCCACACGCACGCGCCAGAGCCAGACGCCCACCCCACAGCAGCGCCCGGCAACCACGCCGACACCGCCGCCGCCACAGGCGGCCCGGGGUCGGGCGGCGCUGAGCGGGAGUACGACAAGGCGCCGCGGCCGGCGUACGAGGCGGCGGUGCUGUUCCGGCACCCGCCCGCCAAGGCCGCGCCGCUGAGUGACGGCGAGCUGGUGGACCUGUGCUUCCCGCACAAGGUUUCGCCCGUGAAGCUGCGGCGCUCACCCUCCAUGAGCUCACUACACGAGGUGGUGUACGGCCGACACGCCGCCAGCCGCGACGACCAGUCCUUCAUAUUCCUGCUCAAGGUGGGCUCGGGGCUGCCCACCUACGGCGUGUGCUGUGUGGUGCCGGAGAUGCUGCACCGCCCCCCGCACCUCGCACGCCACCUGUACCCCAGCUGCCGGGCGCCCUUCCGAAGCGUCAUGAUUGCCGCGCCGCGUGUGUACUGCCUGCUGUCGCACUACCCCUUCUUCGACCUGCACUUCCAGGUGCUGAACGUCAUCUUGGGCAUGGAGCGCCUGCACCGCACCAUUGACUUCAAUGCGGAACAGGACUAUGGCUACAGCCAGCCGCCAGCAGCAGCUGCUACAGCUGCUGCCACAGCCACUGCUACUGUCGGUCACAAACCACUGGCGUCGCCGCUGCAAGCUAUGGCGGAUGGCGCGGCGGUGGCAAGCGAUGCAGGGGCAGCAGGGGCAGCGGCAGCAGGAGGUGGUGGUGGUGGUGGUGGUGGUCAGAAACAGAGCAGAGCGGCGGGCGGGAUAGCCAGCGUGGACCGAGGGCGGUCGUCGGCUGAGCAGAGGAACGAGAGUGACAGCAAUGGAGCGAAUGCUACGACAGCGGCCGCAGCAGCGUCGGUGGCGGUAUCAGCAGGGCCUGGCAGCGGAGGUGGAGCUCCCGCCCGCGGCGGCAGUGAGCAUGCGGCUAGUGCCGCAACAGCACACGCGGGGGCGGCCGCGGGCGGUGGCGAGGGGACACACGCCUCAGGUGCUGCACCACAACCAGCAGCAGCGACUGCGCUGGCCUCUCCACAGCCUGCCACGUUGUCGGCAGGGGCCGCGGAGUCCAUGGAAGCAUCGGGCCCCGCGGCCGCCACCAUGGCUGUCCCAACGCCUGGCUCGGCGGCCGCACCCACACCCGUGGGCGGGCCCGGGCCGGCGGUAGUGCUGGGCGGGUACCGCAGCAGUGGCAGCGGCGGCGGCGCCGGCGGGCGGCGCUACUGCCGUGACUGCGCCGCCGCCAUUGCGGAGAUGUGUCCGGCGGCACUGCAGGCUGAGAGGGAGCAGGCAAUGCGCCGCAUCCAGUCGCAUGGGCGGCACGGCACAUCGCACGGGUUCGCCAGCUGCAGCCGCGACCAAGAGUCGGCCGGACGCGCGGCCGGCAGCGGUGGCGGCGCCGGCGCCGCCUCCGCCUCCGCCGCCGGGCCGGAAGCAGUCAUAAGCGGUGACGGCGGCGGUUAUGGCAGUGGCGGCGGUGCGUUGGCAUUGAGUGGGAUGGGCUCGGGAUCCGUCCGGACGUCGCGGCGGCGGCUGAGUGACCCCGGCAGCGGUAUCGCGAGCCCGCGACUGUCGGGCGCUGGUGGCGAGGCGUCUGUGGGGUUCGCAUACGGCGGUGGGGGCGUGGCCGGCGGCGGCAACGACGGCAGUGGCGGCAGGAUGUAUGCGGCGCUGCCGACGCAGGCGACGCUGGGCGUCUUGGCAGGCUCGGGCGCAAUCGGCAGCGGUGCCGGCGGCAGCGGUGGCGGCGGCGCUGGCAAUGGCAUGCUGACAGCGCAUGCGUCUUGGCGCUCGACCGGCAGUGGUGGCGGCGGUAGCGAUGGCGGUACUGGGACGCUGGGGCGGCAGCUGUCGGCCGGCGGGCGAUGCCAAGCGUGUGGGCGCUCCCUGGCGGUGCCGCCGGUGGGGGUGGAGGAGCUGACGAGCGUGCCGGAGCAGGGGCUGCUAGAGGAGAUGACGGGCGCCCUGGAGACGGCGUUUGACAAGCUGACACACCUGCCACGAGCCAUGGCGGCGGGCGUGCAGGGCGCGGCUGCGGCGGCAGCAGAGGCGCUGCACCUCUCACGCGACCCCCGCAGCGGCGCCACAAGCGGCGGAGGCGGCGGCACCAGCGACCGGGGCGCUGCCGAGGUGCGGCGGCGCCGCAGCCUGGGCGGCGGCCGCCCCUUGCGGCGCAGCCGCAGCCACAGCCGCAGCCGCAGCCGCGGCCGUUCGCCGCUAGUAGGGCCGCUGGCGACCGUGGCCGAGGGCUCCUGCAAGCCGGAAGCCGACUCGUUUCUCAGCUCAGACAUGGGCACGCCGCACGGCACGCUGCCGGAGCCGCCCGGCGUGGCGGCUGGCGCCCUUGCCACCGGCGCCGGCGCGCUGCUGGCGGCACUUGGCAUUGGCGGCAGCGCCGCUGCCGCGGCCUCCAGCGCCAGCGCCUUCAACCCCGGCGCCUGUGCCCCCGGCGGCUGCGGCGCUGGCGGCAGCGGCGACAGCGGCGCCGAGAUGCAGCGCGCGCCGUCGCCACGCCGCCAUGACCGCAGCCACGUGCAUGGCGGCGACGCCGGCCCUCAUCACUUGGGCCGCAGCCACAGUCCGCAGGCACGGCUGCCCAAGGCGCCGCCCGUGGGCCGCCCUGCCAUGGCCGCCCUGGCGCAGCGGAUGAAGCUGUCCAUCAAGUCCAUACCCGGGUCCAAGCUGCUGGCCGGCGCCUCCAGCCUGGUGGGGCUCAAGAGCCUGGGCCGCCGCUUCACUGCGGACGGCAGCGGGUCACCCUCACCCGCCGGCGCCCGCGCCGGCACCGCCGCCGCCUCGGACACCUACAACGAGGACGGCGAUGGGCACAGCCCUGCCCUUGUAGACCAGGGUGAGGAUGAAGGUGCCGGCGGCGGCGCUGCCGCCGCCGCCUCCCAGGCGCUGGCGAGCACCCCCUCCCGGUCGCUCAAAUCGGGCCUAGUGGCGCUUCAUCUCAAGACCAUGCGCUCGCUGCGCCGCCACAGCCACCAGCACCCGCUCAGCAGCCAGAGCUCGCCGGCGGCGGCGCCGCCCAGCGGCCUGGGGCUGAGUGAGGGCGCGCUGGAGGGGCUGGUGUCGGCCAAGGGUGUGGACGUGCCGGAUGGGCUCAACUUGGCGCGGGUGGCCGGCAAGGCGGCGACGGCGGCGGCGGCAGCAGCAACAGUGGGGCGCGGUGGCGGGGCAAAUGGGCUCGGCGGCGGUGGCCGCCUGGCGGCGGGUGGCGGCGAUGCGUUCUUGGCUCCGCCGCCGCCGCGGCUGGCCGCCGCCGCGACUGAGCGGCUGCCGGUUGCCCCUGUGUCGGCCGCGAAGGAGGCAGCGGCGCCGGGCGAGCAGCUCGAGUCGUACGCGACGGCGCCACCACCCCGGGCAGCGGCUGAGGUGCCGGGAGCCGUGCGUAGGCCAACUGGCGACGGCGCGCCGCCGUCCCUGGCAAACGGUGACGCUGCCCCGGUUUCCGAUUGCUUGUCCGGGCCAGCCGCUGGCCUCCCUCCGAGGCCGUCACAGGCGCGGUCGCAGCCGCAGUUGCGCUCCGAGCCAUCGGCAUCGGCGCUGCCGCCGCGGCCCUCGCCGUCGCAGGCGCCGCCGGCAUGGCUGCAGUCGCCGCCGCAGCGGCGGACGCUGUCAGUGCCUUCUGGGGCGCGGCGGCACCGCAGCGCUCAGUCCCUGCCCGCAGACGACCCCGUCUUUGCAAGUGCCAGCAGCAGCGCCGCCGCCUCCAGUGGCGGCGGCGCCGCCCCCGGAGCCGGCAUUGGCGGACAGGAACGUGCCAGUGCGAGCGGAGCGAUAUCCAGUGGGGGAGCGGGCGGCGCAUCCGGCGGCGGCAGCCUGCGCAGCACCACAAGCAUAUUCGGGUUCGGCGCGGCGGCCGCCGCUGCCGUGGAGCGGCGCCGAAGCCACCAGGUGGUGGCCGGGGUGGAGCCGCUGUCGCCAGUGGCGGCGUCACUGACCUCGCCUGAGCAGUCGGGCGGCGGCGGCUCCGGUGCUGGCUUUGGCUUUGGCGAGGGUGUGGGCGCGGGAGAUCUGCGCGGCUUGAGCCUGGUGCAACAGCUGAUGCGCAGCGCCCGUGUGCCCGCGUCGCCGGGGGUGAGUGCGCCCACUAGCCCUGCCGGUGUGGGGUCCUCUGCAUCGGUGGGGCCCCCCUCGGCGGUGCCGCCACCGCUGCCGUACCAUUCCAUAUCCGCAUUGCGCCUUGGGCCUCACGCGCCAACGAGUGGCGGUCUGGCCGCCGACGGCACUGGGAUGUUUGACGACAGCAGCGGCAACAGGCCUGCCGCUGGUGAGGCCGCGUUCUCGACAACGGCGAUGGCGGCUGCGCCAUACCUGCAGGACAGAGCCAGCGGCGCAGCCGCGGUCAGCACUGGCGAAGGCGGCGGCGCGAACCCGACUGCCCGCUCCAAUAGCGACUUGGAAGGAGGGGGCGGCAAUCGCAUGGUGGGCGGCGGCGCGCGCCGGCCGGCGUUCGUGUCGGCCUUCGCUGAGCUGGGCAGCAGUGUGGUUGAUGCGCUGCGGCAGCAGCUGACGUCGCCGCGGGGCGGCAACGCGUCGGCGGUGGCGGCAGCGGCAGGCACAGCCGCAGCGGCAGGCACAGCCGCAGCGGCGGGAAAAGCGGGGCAGGCGCCGGCAGAGGCACAGGUGGCGACACGGGCGCAGGCUGCUGCUGUCGUCUUGGGCACAGGUGCUAGCGCUGGCGCCAACGAGCCUGGAGCUGCGGCUUCCAGGGCUGCCGCUGCUGCAGAUACGGCGGCGGCAGCAGCUGCUGUGCUACAGCCGCCGCGGGCGCGGCCGCCGCCCUGGCUGCAACCAGAGUCCAGCGGAGCCAGCACGGCGGCUCGCUCCGAAGCCAGCUUCUUUUCCGCGACCGAGCAGGUGGAAGGUGUGUCAUGCGGCGGCGUGGCCACCAGCCAGCUUCUGUCGCCGGCGGCCAGUGCGCCGCCCGACGGCCGAGCCUCGGCAGCCAGCGCUGGCGGCGCCGCCGCCAGCAGCGCAACGGUGGCAAUGGCGGUGCAGCUGUCGCCGUUCAGCUGUGCAGUGGCGGCGGAGAUGGCGGUGUCGUGCAGCCAAGAGCUGGAGUCACCAGGGGGCCGCGAGGGCGGCGGCUCCAACGGCGGCAGUGGCGGCGGCGGUGUGGGCAGCCGCCGGGGCGAGCGGCCGCUGUCCGUGGAGGUGCCUCUGGAUGAUGCGGCCAGUAGGGGGGCUGUGCAGCGUGUGGAGCGCACCGCGGCUGGAGGCGGCAACAGCAGUGGCGGUGGCGGCGGAAAUGGCGCGCGGCCUCCACAGGGGCCAGCGGCCUCAGCGCCAGUGCAGCUGCAGUCCACUUCGUCGUCCUCACUGCUGCCGCCGCGCCACCGUCUCAGCCGCCUUGGCCGUGAGGCGAGCGGCGGCGGUGUCAGUCUCACUGGCAAUGCCACAGCCACCGCUCGCACCAGCAGCAGCGGCGGUGGCGGUGGCGGUGCCGUGGCGCCCGUCGCCUCUGCGCCUGCCCAUGUGGGCACCAACAGCUCCCAGUUGCAGCUGCACCCGACCGUGUCGCAGUCCCACCCGCGGACCAACGGCCACUUCCACUCCGGCGGCGGCGGAGGCGGGGACGCGGGUGGGGACGUGGGCAUGCUGCCGACCCUGCCCUCGACCUUUGCCAGUGACGCUGGCGGCAGCGCCACCGGUGGCGCUCCCCAGAGCGGCCUGACCUCACCGCCGCCAGCUGGCGUGCACGUGACCAGCUGCUCCGAUAUGGCGCACCACUUCUCCCCGCGGCGGGCGCUGGACCAGCUGUACGCCUACCCGGUCAUGACGCCGGGCGAGGGGCUGACGCUCAGGUUCGGGGGCGUGGCCACGCUGCAGUACACGCGGCCCGUACUGGCACGGCGGUACACGGUGGUGGGGCCGCCGCGGGCGAUCCAGGCGUACGCUGAGGCUGAGCUGCUGGAGGGGCUGCAGUACUGGGCCACAGCUGUGUUGUGCAGGUCGUUGUCAUUGGAGAACAUCAUGACCGUGGUCACGGCGGCCCUGUUGGAGCGGCAGCUGGUGUUCUUCUGCCCGCACAUCAGCGUGCUGAGCGGCUGCGUGCUGGGCGUGCUGCCCCUGCUGCGGCCCUAUGCCUGGCAGUCGCUGCUCAUGCCCGUCACGCCCCUCAGCAUGAUGGGCUUCCUUGACGCACCCGUGCCGUUCGUGCUGGGCGUGCAGUACAAGACCAGCGAAGUCAUGGCGCGCUGCUCGCACCUGGUGCGGGUCAACAUCUACAAGGACCGAGUAAAGAACGCGGGCGCCCCGCUGCCCAGCUUGCCCGGCAUGAAGCGCCUUGCGGCUGCCCUGGCGCCGCACCAUGCCACCCUGCGAAAGCGCCUGGCGGCAGCGGCACACGCAGGCGCUGGCGCUGGUGGUGCCGGCGCGACCAGCGGUGCAGACGGGGGUGGCGGUGCGGCAGACGGCGGUCGCGCUGCUCAUGACAUGGCGGGCAUGGUGGACGGAGGCAGGUCGCUGCGGCAGCUGACAGCCGCCGAGCAGGAGGCUGCUGCCGCUAUGUUGUCGCUGCUGCAAUCGCACCUUGCAGCCAUGUGCGGCGACCUGCGCCCCCACGUCAUCACGAACGUGGGACUGCACAAGCGCACGGGCGUGCUCAUGAAGGAGAGCCUGCUGGAGGUGGUGCCCGGAAAGGACAAGCCCUUCGUGCGGCAGUUCGUGGACACACAGAUGUUCGCAGUGUGGAGUGACGAGCUGAUCUCCAGCAACUUUGAGAGCGCAGCAUUCGCGUCGUCCUAAUGCGCGGUACUGCUUCUGUGUAGGCUUUGCAUGCUAUUCUGUUUAUGUCAGGUCUAUGUGCCUGCAUCAGUUUCGGUAGCUGACAGUUCAGGCCGGACGCAGGUAGACAGGAGAUUGAAUGGACCUGUAAGGAUGGUUUUGGGGGGAGGCUGGGUGCAGGGGCGCCUCUGGCUGGGUGUGCGUGGCCGUUGGCUGCCCCAUCUCUCGGGCUUAUAGUUUACUCGUCGUUUGCUGAUUUACAGACAGCACUGCCGAAGAAUCACUGUGGUAUAACAUUGGAAGCUGUUUGAGAGCACCCGCUGUCCCGGGAGCACCUGCAACAGCAGGGGGUCGGGUAAUGAUGUGGGGCGCGGGGUAUGGAGGUGGCAUCCUGUAUGUUUAUCUGGGCGCUUCAUUGCGCUAAGCCAAUCGAGUCGUCACAGGUUCGACUUUGUGGCAUGAGAGCCGCCUCGCUCCGGUUAGUGCACGUGCUUGAGUGCUGUCCCGCAGUAAGGUGUUCCCAACCCUGCCUGGAAUUAAAAAAUAACUGCACGCUUUGGGAAGAAAAGGCGUGCUGGUGUGGGAGUCGUUUCAGAAUGGAGGCGAAGGCAUGACUGGGUGCAUCUUGUUGAGUUGUGGGAUGACAUGGGGGGUCAUAUUCCCGCCGGAGCAGCCGCCGGAGCAGCUGCCUCUACGUCUCGGCGUUUCUCCACAAUCG